GSCGUAYGGGUUUGUACCAGWACUUAUUCUUCGAGGAUGACAAAAUCAAAAUCCGGAAAAUUAGUCUGGAUAUGUCCUCAGAAAUACGAAGACUACCGGUACGAWGUCUUGAGGCACGAUGAACGUCUCCAUAUUCAAUAGCUCUACCGGUACCGUACGGCGCAAUUCAUACUUGACCGGUCGAGGUAGUUAAGGAGAUGGUUGGAAUGAAAAUGACCAGCCUUUGUUCUGCUUCUGGGGAAGAUAUUGAUGUUCCGAAAGACUUGGAAUGUUUGAUAUGUGGGGACUUGCUUGAGAAUGCGGUUUCUCUUCAAGCUUGUGCCCAUACCUUUUGUUCGGUUUGCUUCCGCAUUCACUACCGUGAGGCGAAGRAAAAACGAUGCCCCCUAUGCAAAGUAUCAGUCGGGAACGAUUUAAGGAAAGCGUUGUUGGUGAAUGGAGCAGUGCAAAAAAGAGUGAGGGAAUUCAAAUCCAAACAUUCAAUAUUGCAGCCGUCGUUACCGUUCCACGAUAAAUUGCCCAACGCACAGGAGGCGCCGAUCCGAGAACAGAUGCAGCGAAGGAAUUAUUCAAUGCUACUAAAGCAUGGCAAGAAAGGACUUCAGAAAGUUUGUAAGGAAUAUAGUUUACCGACGUCCGGAAAUGAGCAAGAGCUUGUAGAUCGUUUGCGAUAUUUUCAGUGCAUGUGGGAUGCCGAGCUUGAUACUAUAUACACACCCUUGAGACCAUCCGAACUGGUUGCCAAAUUCAAAAAGAAAGAGAGACUACAACGAGAAGAAAAAUCACGUGCUAUGAUGACCGGGAGUAUCAACGACUCGAAGCACAUGAAGAACUUGACCUCGUCGCUACUUAAUGACAACACAAGAAAAGACCAGAAAGUUAGGAACGAGAGGAAGGUCAGUGCGACGAGUAGUGGCAAUGCACAAUUCGAUAUCAAGUUCAGAAGCAAUUUCGAAGCAUUAAUUGCACAAGGACGCAAACACAUGAAGAAAGGACCCGGUUGCCCUCGCCGAGUUUACGACGACGAUAACAUUCAUGACAAUCCAGCACCAACAACGAACUCUCUCGGAAGCGAUAACGAAAAGAUAUCUCCCAAUAUUGAUGGCAGCUGCGCUCAAAUUGUCGCCAAUAUAAACGUGAGAAUUUCGAAUCGAACUCAUAACAAUGGAGUCACAAGUGUCGGAUCAUCAGUUGAACAUGGAUCGUCUCUGAAUAGGAAGAAAAGGCCAUUGGUCAGUCCUUGCACACUGGAGAGGAAAAAGAACACCCUCUGCUACACAGCUAAGGAAUCACUCGGGGCAUCAGAAAGUAAUAUCUUCAAUGGGCAUAGCUCAAAAAUAGCGUCGAAUCAAACGACGUCUUCGGGACAGCUAAGACCAUCGAAAUCUCAAAAGGGAACAGUAAUAAAUAACCCAUACCGAAAGAAACAGCGAAGAUCACCCUCGAAAGCAAAAGCCGACAUUCAAGAUAAAGGGGGGAACUCGAGUUGUGCAAUCCUGCCAUUUCAAAAGAGAAAAUUUCAAACUUGCAACACACUGGGUGAUGGCGGGAAAAGGUCGGAUAGUACCGUUCUUGCGCAAGAAAACAUUACUAAUGGUAAUACUAUUGGUAGCAAUAACAGAAUUCACCAAAACAAAACUGAUUCCASUCUCUCCAUUGGAAAGGGAAGCCAGGACGAUUCUUCAAUAAAAACAGAGACAAUACCAACUCGAAAGAAAUAUGUGAUAAGAAAUCCAUACCUCAAAUCGAGUGGCAAGAAGGAUCGAUAACAGAAAAGAUACCGAGUAACGGGGGUCAUUUUGAUUCCACAAAUGGGGCGGGGCUACUGCGAUCCGACCUGGCUAGAUGAGGAUCUGUCUUUUGGAACAUGGGAGUGUAGCUUUUUCUGUAGAAGACAUAGAGAAAUUAAUCUUUGUAGCUGCG